GGCUAGCGAUGGAGUCAGUAAGAUCUUCGGUCGCUUGGCGAGGCGAGAAUUUCCCGUCUGUGCUUUCGUUACAGAAUGGUCAACGAUUGGCAUAACACCAAGGAGUUAAUCAAUCAGCUGUAAUGAAAGGCCAUCCGCUUGUCUCAGUUGAGACACGAUGGAUUCUUCCAUUUAACCCGCUGGAGAUUCUGCAUCAGCUUAGGUUUUCGGACUCGUACAAUAUUUUUCGUUUGUCUUUGCAACCAUGACUGAAUCACAGGGCUCGACUGUUAAUUCGGUUGCUAUUUGUUUUGCUGUCAUUAGCUUUUGUGCUGUGGUGUUGAGAUUGUGGGCGAGGACGUUUAUUGUCAAGUCGCUUGGGGCUGAUGACUACUUGAUUUGCGUUGGAGCCAUCUUAUCAUGGUGCUUUAUCGGCUGCACAAUUGCUUCCGUCCAACAUGGCCUCGGUAGUCACUACGAAGACGUGAUAAAGCGCGGGACCGACAACUUCAUCGCCUACCUCCAAAUCGUCUGGCUGUCCUCCAUCUUCUACAAUGCCUGCCUCGGCUUCAUUAAGAUCUCAGUACUUGCGCUUUACACCCGACUCGGCGAUAAAAUGUUACGCAAGACGGCGUUUGUGAUGAUGGGGGUCGUUGGAUGUCAGGCUGGUGCAAAUGUCCUGGCUUGCAUCUUUCAGUGUUCUCCAGUCCCGGCCGCGUACGAUAUUACGAUCUUGCCAGAUGAUAAGAAGUGCGUUGACAUCAAUGCUUUCUACUUGGCGAAUGCAGCUGUCAAUAUCUUUACGGAUAUUCUUACGUACACAUUGCCGAUUCCACUGGUGGCAAGACUUCGUGUUCCCCGACGACAGAAGAUCAGCUUGGCCAUCAUCCUGGGUCUCGGACUCUUUGCCUGUGUCUCGUCCAUCAUCCGAAUAACAUACAUCCCCAAGAUGCUCAGCUCCUCCGACCAAACCUGGGUCAUAUCCGACGCAAUGUACUGGUCCGUAAUCGAGACCAACAUCGGCAUCCUCGCCGCCUCGAUCCCCUCCUACAAAGCCAUCGCCAAGAAAUACGCGCCCCGUCUCCUCGGCAGCUCUGGCAUGUCCAGCAGUCGCAAGCUCUCCGGCUUCAAACAAAUGCCACUUGAGCUUCAGGGUGGUAGCAAUCCUGGUACUGGUGCACCAAAGAGUACGUUCGAGACGAAUAUCAAGAAUGGGCUGGAGGAUAAUAGCAGUGAAGAGGUGUUGGUUAUGCCGAGUGGGAGGAUUGGGGUUAAGACGGAUAUUACGUUUCGAUACGAGAACAACUUGGAGAAUGGGACGCAGAGUCAAAGAUAAAACAUCGCGGCGUCUCAAUUGUUUUAGAUAGGACAACUAUAGUAAUAGAUAAUAGCUUGACUUGCACAUACUAGUCUUUGACAUUAAACAUCGA